AUGCGGCUGCCCCAAUCCGUUUUCUGGGCGACGCACCGCGCCAAGAAGGGCGGCCUGCCUUUCCCAGUGCUCGUCCAGGGGGAGGUGUUUGUGGGCGGCAGCCUGCUGGUGCUGCCGCUGACGCGCGCGGAGGCGCGGUGGUCCAAGGCCGAGGGCUGCGUGCUGGUGGUGGGGCCCGAGGCGGUGGUGGCGAGCUAUGGGCCGGUGCGGGAGGUCACCUGGUCGUAUGUGGGCUGGUCAGAGACGGGCCAGGCCGACGUGCUGCAUGCUGACAUCCAGACGUGGCCCAUGUCCUGGGACGCGCGCAUCCGCAAGGGCAGGGAGGAGCGCGGGAAGACCAACAAGCGGCCCAACAUAGUGCUGCCAGUCCCCCUGGUGCGGCGGCUCAACUGGUACCCGCCCAGCCCCAUCCCCGCCGGCGUGAACAUCCACCUCAUGCUGGACGGCCGCACGGUGGACACGUCGCACUGGGUGCGCCUGUUCAGGACCGAGCAGCCCCGCGCCAACUCUGACGUGCCCUACACCCACACCCUGGUCGCGGCCUCCGACGUGUGGAGCGGCCUGCCCCCCAACGCCUACCCGGGCGGCUUCCGCUGGCUGCUCACGCCCAACGGCGGCCCCCCCAGCGGCAAGAACCUGGCGCUGGACUUCCUCUCGUGGGACGACCUGCAGCACAGGGACGAGGGCCAGGCCCAGGUGCGGCAGCACUUCACGGGCGCGUUCUACCACUGGAUGCUGGGCCUGCAGGAGGCCUGGUCCGCGGUGGCGCAGGUGCUGGGGCCGGAGGUGCCCUCCACGCUGCCGUGCCUCCCGCUAUACCGCGGCUCGUCUGUCUGCAAGGGCCUGUACUGCGGGCUGUACCGCCCGCACAGGGAGCAGCUCGAGGCCGAGCAGCGCGCGCGGGAGGCGGCGCAGCGCGCGCGCCAGCUGGCCGCGCAGCAGGCGGCAGCGGCGGCACAGGCGGCGGCAGCGGCCGCAGCAGCGGCACAGGCAGCGGCGCAGGCGGCGCAGCAGCAGCAGCAACAGCAGCAGCAGCAGCAGCAACAGCAGCAGGCACAGCAAGCUCAGGCCCAGGCGCAACAACAGCAGCAACAGCAGCAGUCGCUAAUGGCCCAGCACUUGGCCGCGCAGAAGCAGCAGCAGGCAGUCGCGGGGGAGGGAUCCAGGCAGCAGCACAGCGGCGGCGCAGCGGGGCAUCCACCCCCUCAGCAGCACGGGCCCUCGAUGGCGCUGUCGAAGCACCGCUCCCCGGGGCCACAGGCGCAGCAGCAGCAGCAGCCAGCACCUCCCAGCGGUGCGGCGGCAAGCGCAGCGGCGGCCGCGGCCGCGGCCGCCGCGGCGGCGGCUGCGGCGGCAGCAGCGCAGGCGCGGGGCGGCGGCGUACCCCCGCAAGUGAAGCAGAUGCUGGAGGCCCUGCAGCAGCAGCAGCAGCAGCAGCAGCAGCAGCAGCGCCCGGGGGCCGGCCACGGCAGCCCCGGGCCCUCGGCCCGCCACCCCCCGGCCGCCGGUGGCGCGAUUUCCAGCAGCCUGCCGCGCGCGCCGCCCGCGGGCCCAGCGCCUCAGCCCCCCAGCCCGGCCGGGGCGGCGGCAGCAGCGGCAGCCGCAGCCAGCCUGGCCGCGGCGCGCGGGGCGGUGGAGGGCGCGCUGAGGGGGUGGGCGCCCAGCAGCGCGAUGCCUCCUGCGCUGCUGGAUGCGGUGCUGGCCGGCGUCAAGCUGGGGGUCAGCGUCUGCCCCCAGGCCGCGUCGGGGGCGCUGCAGGCCGUCUUGGCGGCCCGCAGCGAGGGGCGCGCGGUGCCGCUGGCGACGCCGGACGCGACGCAGGCGCUGCUGCGGAUGGCGCAGAGAGGGGCGGUGGGCGGCGGCGGCGGCGGCAGCUCCGGCAGCCCCGUCAAGCCGGCUGCGCGGCCGCCGUCCGGCUGA